ACAGCUCAUAUCGAAAUUCUGAUCCCUCUUCACUCAGAAUCUCUCUCUCUCUCUCUGAGUUUCCCUCGGUGGUAACGGAGAUCGCUUUUCCUCUCUCCGGCGAUCCACCAACCAUGAGUACCGGCGAGCUUCUCAACAUUCAACCUGAUGAACUACAGUUUCCUUUUGAAUUGAGGAAGCAGAUCUCGUGUUCUCUACAGUUGUCUAACAAGACCGACAACUAUGUUGCUUUCAAGGUUAAGACCACAAAUCCGAAGAAGUACUGUGUUAGACCUAACAGCGGGGUUGUGUUGCCGAGGUCUACAUGUGAUGUAACAGUAACAAUGCAAGCGCAAAAGGAGGCACCUUCUGACAUGCAAUGCAAGGAUAAGUUUCUCCUUCAAAGCGUGAUUGCAAGUCCUGGAACUACCACAAAAGAUAUUAAUCCUGAAAUGUUUAGCAAAGAGGCAGGCCACAAUGUUGAAGAGUGCAAGUUGAGGGUUGUUUAUGUUGCUCCUCCCGGACCUCCGUCUCCAGUUCGAGAAGGAUCUGAUGAGGAUUCUUCACCUGAUUCUGUAUCGGAAAAUGGACAUUCAAAUGUUACUGAAUUUACAGCUGCUUCAAGAACUUUCAACGAGCGGGAUGAACAUCAGGGUCCUACAUUUGAGACAUCAGCUCAAGUUUCAAAGGUGACCGAGGAGAGGAAUUCUGCUAUCGACCAACAGAGAAGACUCCAGCAAGAAGUGGAGCUCUUGAGGCGCCAAGUCAGUAGAAGCCGUGGUGGAAUAUCACUUACAUAUGUUGUUCUUGUUGCUGUGAUUGGCUUCAUUUUGGGAUACCUCUUGAAGAGGACAUAACCUAUGAUCUCCAAAAACUGCACUAAAAUAAUGCGAGUGAGCAGCAGAAACUGCUUAUUUGUAUUAUUGGCAGGUUAUGCUUCUUAAUAGUUUGUUUUUUUAAGAAAUUUCAAGACACUAGACAAGUUGAUUAAAUUUUUAUUUCGUGCACCUUGUAAUUUGAGUUACCAAAUUCAGGAAAUAUAUUUAGUAGCUUAUGCCGGAUUUGGACUGUUCAAAAUAUUUGAAGUCAAGCAAUCUGAAAAGUUCAAUCUUUGAUCAGA